CACUGACAUGUCAAGGACUACACUUCGUGACAUGACACGCGAGUCACAUUCAAUAAGGGGAUACUCUCCUGACGAUAUUUAACGGCAUUACUGGUCCGUUUGCGUGAUCUAAAGAUCCCCAUUGUGUUUGUGAUCAUUCUACCUUGGAAACUUUGCAAGCUGUCAACAUAGUCAACUUGGGGGGGGGGGGAAAAUCUAUGUAUCACAACUAUCAGUUAGAUCAAUAUCUUAGUGAGAGUUGGCAGAUUAAUUUCUCGCUGGUUCAUCGACAAAUCUCAUUAGCCUACAAUGUAAAACAUUGGAGUUAAAAAACAACAACAACGCUCUACUUCUGUGAUAAAGUUUCUUAUGUUUCAUAUACAUAUUGAGAACGUAUUAUAUCCGAUUUGUAAGUGUUCAUUAAGUUUGGAGUAGCAUAUAAAUACUUUUUUGUUGUGUUGCCAACUCUGGCUUGAAGUGCGAAUAGCUGGUGGCGUGCUGCCAACUAACGUGCAUCUUUGAAGAGUCUCUUAGCGAUUUCCUGUCAACUUGACCCGGGCUAUAUAUUUCUUCGUACAUCAUUUCUACAAGUGCAGGGCGUGCAAACAUACACUUACAAAGGCAUCGUACAUAGACUUCAUGGGAAUACAUCAUUUGGAGACGUCAUUCAGAGACGUCAUUCAGGGACGUCACAUAACAAUUCAGUGGAAAUCAGUGUUCAUUUCUGGAUAAAGAAUUAUUAUUUUUUGGUUCAAGAUGUAUUUUGAGUUGCGAUAAAAGAGUCUUUAGGAGCCUCACAGAAAUGUACGUGAACAUGACAAGCUUCCCAAACAGCACCAUGUGGGGCAAAGUGCUGGCUGUUCUAGCCUUGGGCCUGGCUCUCUUCUUUGCGCUCUCCUACAGGGACGAGGACAGGCUGGAUACGUUAAAAGGGAAGAGAGUGCUGGUCACAGGAGCGAGUACGGGCAUCGGGGAGCAACUGGCUUACCAAUAUGCCAGGCUCGGAGCCAAGCUGGCCAUCACUGCAAGGCGGAAGGAUGUUCUGAUAAAGGUGAGAGAUCGAUGCCAAGAAAUCAGCCCCAACAAUCAAAGUCACUUCAUCAUUCAAGCAGACAUGGGAAAUUUGAACGACACCAAGUCAGUGAUUGAGACGGCUACAUCAUUGCUUGGAGGUUUGGACAUUCUUGUCCUUAACCAUAUCGCCAGUCAGAGUAUCGUCCCUUUCCUUGGCACCGCUGAAAACCUGACCAAGUUUGAUAACGUCAUCGAUGUCAACUUCCGAUCCUAUGUCUAUCUGACAUCCUAUGCCAUGCCACAGAUCUUGGCCAACAAAGGAAGCAUUGUGGUCAUCAACAGUCUACUUGGCAGAGUCCCCCAUCCGUUCAUCAGCACCUACUCGGCUGCUAAACACGCCCUCCACGGGUUCUAUGAAUCUCUGAGGAUGGAGUUCCGUGCCUUAAAGCAAGACAUUUCCAUCACAAUGUGCACUCUAGGUUAUAUAGCCACAGAAAACGCUAUAAAACAAAUACAGACUUCAGAGUUUGUGAAUUUUGAUCAAAUCGCUCCAGUCAGCCCCGUGGACACUGCACUGGCCAUCGUCCAGGCAGGCGCCAACAGGAAGAACGAUCUAUAUUACCCCUUCUGGUCUACAUGGGUGGUAUCGUUGUUACGUAACCUGUUUCCAGGGAUGGCUGAUAAGGUGAUUGUGGAAAUGGUUAGUGUUUAAAAAGUAUGAUUACAUAUGAUUGCAUGACUUCAGGUUUUGUCUGUUUUACAGAAAAGAAGUAAUGAGAUUGAAUUGAGAUGAUUCGGGUUUAAUGUAAUUGUAUGCUUACUUUGAUGUAAUUGUAUGCUUACUUUGAUGUAAUUGUAUGAUUACUUUGAUGUAAAUGUAUGUUUACUUUGAUGUAAUUGUUUGUUUGUGUCACGUACGCAUCUUGAAGAAGAACACAUGCAAAUAUGAUGGUGAUAGUUUGGUUCAAUGCAAUAGUAUUUUGUGUUUCAUGAGUUGUAUGUUAAGUUUGUAUGUAUUCGGUUUGAUGUAAUUGUAUAUUUAGUUUGAUGUAUGUGUAAUUGUAUGUUGGAUUUGAUGUAAUCGUAUGUUUCGUUUGUUGUAGUUGCGUGUUGGGUUUGAUGUAAUUGUAUUCCAGGUUUGAUGUAAUUGCGUGAUGGGUUUGAAGUAAUUGUAUUCUAGGUUUGAUGUAAUUGUAUUCUAGGCUUGAUGUAAUUGCGUGUAGGGGUUGAUGUAAUUGUAUUCUAGAUUUGGUGUAAUUGCGUGUUGGGUUUGAUGUAAUUGUAUUCUAGGUUUGAUGUAAUAGUAUUCUAGGUUUGAUGUAAUUGUAUUCUAGGUUUGAUGUAAUUGCGUGUUGGGUUUUCCGGCCGGGAAAAAAAGGAUGACGAGAUAAGUUAAGAGCGUGUAGAAAGAUCUUCCCGGGAAGAAAUGGCAAAGUUGACAGAGAGGAUGUGUAUCUGAUAAGAUGAUAGGCAUUGAGGAGAAAAAACAACAACCACGAGAAAGUCUAAAUGUUGUUGAUUUGUGUUUGUUGUAAUGGAAGACGAAGUGUUAAAGAAUAUAUGAGAAAAGGAAUGUGUUUAAUCUAAUUGUGUGUUGUGUUUAAUCUAAUUGUGUGUUGUGUUUCAUCUAAUUGUGUGUUGUGUUUCAUCUAAUUGUGUGUUGUGUUUCAUCUAAUUGUGUGUUGUGUUUCAUCUAAUUGUGUGUUGUGUUUCAUCUAAUUGUGUGUUGUGUUUCAUCUAAUUGUGUGUUGUGUUUCAUCUAAUUGUGUGUUGUGUUUCAUCUAAUUGUGUGUUGUGUUUCAUCUAAUUGUGUGUUGUGUUUCAUCUAAUUGUGUGUUGUGUUUCAUCUAAUUGUGUGUUGUGUUUCAUCUAAUUGUGUGUUGUGUUUCAUCUAAUUGUGUGUUGUGUUUCAUCUAAUUGUGUGUUGUGUUUCAUCUAAUUGUGUGUUGUGUUUCAUCUUAUUGUGUGUUGUGUUUCAUCUAAUUGUGUGUUGUGUUUCAUCUAAUUGUGUGUUGUGUUUCAUCUUAUUGUGUGUUGUGUUUCAUCUAAUUGUGUGUUGUGUUUCAUCUAAUUGUGUGUUGUGUUUCAUCUAAUUGUGUGUUGUGUUUCAUCUAAUUGUGUGUUGUGUUUCAUCUAAUUGUGUGUUGUGUUUCAUCUAAUUGUGUGUUGUGUUUCAUCUAAUUGUGUGUUGUGUUUCAUCUAAUUGUGUGUUGUGUUUCAUCUAAUUGUGUGUUGUGUUUCAUCUAAUUGUGUGUUGUGUUUCAUCUAAUUGUGUGUUGUGUUUCAUCUAAUUGUGUGUUGUGUUUCAUCUAAUUGUGUGUUGUGUUUCAUCUAAUUGUGUGUUGUGUUUCAUCUAAUUGUGUGUUGUGUUUCAUCUAAUUGUGUGUUGUGUUUCAUCUAAUUGUGUGUUGUGUUUCAUCUAAUUGUGUGUUGUGUUUGAUGAGAUUUUAUAUUGAGUUUGAUGAGAUUUUGUUUUGAGAUUGAUUAGCCUUUGUAUUGAGUUUGACGAGAUUUUGUUUUGAGUUUGAUGAGAUUUGGUUUCGACUUUGAUGAGAUUUUGUAUUACGUUUGAUAAGAUUUAGUGUUGUGGUUUUCUUUCUGUUAAAAGAGUAUAAUUUGUAUGUGAUGUUGUCUUCAAAGGGAUAAAUGGCCAGGUCACCAUGAAGGGAAGGGGGGUAUCAGUAAGAAAUGGCAAUAUAUGAAAUAUGAAAUGAACUAUGUGUUUCUAAUGAGCCCUGUUAAACAGCUAUAGAAGUGAAAUCUAUUUGUCAAUGUGAGAAAUUAUUUUAAAACAAAUAACAAUAACAUUUGAUUUAUUCAAAAAAUGUAAUGUAUUAUUUAAACCACAGACCUAUAUGUAUAUAUAGAUAGAUAUAUGAGAUAUAUCGUUCUGUGACAUAUUGUAUUAUCUACAAUGUAUACUCCCAUAAAGUGAAAGUGAAACAUGUGAAUGUUUUAGUAACUAAGGACGCACAGUGCGUACAGAGAAUUCGUUUAUGUUUAUUUCUAUUAUUAGCUGUAAUAACUGCGAUUUUCGUUGCUAAGUUUUUUUUUGUUUUUUAAUGGACCAAUUGAGUAUGCAUAGAAGGCAUAGAAAUGAAACCAGACAAUGUGUGAUUGGCAAUUUGAUACUGUAAAGAUUGUUAUGAGCGAUUAGCUUAUGUAAUGUUAUAAUGAAAUGGUGGUCAAACUUGGACAUGAGGGUUCUAUAUAUUUGUUCGAGACACAUGUGUGUCGCGGACCUCGUCACUUCCAGAAAUAGGUCGAGUCAAAUGAAACUCUGCGCCUGUGACGUAAUAUCAGCAGACGUUACGACAGCACCGCGUUACGAGCCGGAAAUGGCCCGCGUGCCGUAGAUUGGACAUUACUGUUUUAAUGUGAACGUGUUUAACCUCAGGAAUUGAGAAACCAGAUCAAAAUAUGUUAUAAAGGUCAGUGGGAGGGACCUUUUUUGAUGACCUCAAGACCUAAUUAUGUACAUACUUUAGCUUUAUGUAUUCUGGUUGAUAAGCUCAUCGAAAUGAUUGCAUGAGACUGAAUUUUAAGUCAGAUUUGUAUAUGUUACAUCCAGGGUUUGUAUUUGCCCUCUCCUUAAAUGUUUUAUUGCUCCUUCUCACACAGAAAGCCCUCAUUCCCAUAGCUUAAUAAUUGUUUUUUGUUUUGUUUUAUUAUAGAGAGUCUUGUAAAUUAAUAUGUAUAGCAGUAGUUUGCAAAUUCUCUAAACUCCAAAUUUACGCAAAAAGUAUCGCUAGUUUAUAAAAUAGCUAAGAGAUCAAGAGUCUAAGCCUCUAAUAUGAAUCGUAAGAUAUAAAAACUGUUCUUUAAUACCUAAUUACCGAAUGGAGUCCCUAUAUUGCGAUCAAUACCAUAGGAUCCUCCAGAGCCGUUCGCCGCUUUGGGCGGCAAGCUGUUUCCAUCGAAAUCGGUCUCCUGCAAUGCCGGCAAGCCUCUUCCCAACUGAUGUUCACUCAUCAUCAUCAUCAUUUUUCCUUUGCGUUCCUCGUGGAACAUAGGGCCUCAGCAAUAACACGCCACUCUCCACGGUCUCUUGCUAGUUUUUUAAUGACUUCCCGGUCCUCUCGGCUUCAUCUAGUGCACUGCGUCGCCACGUUCUUUUUGGUCUUCCUCUACGUCUUGUGCCCUGGUGGUUCCACUCUAAGGCAUGUCUAUUGAUGUCCACUGCUUUCGGAUAUGUCAUGAAGGUGUGAAGCCAUGUUUUGUGAGGAAGUCCCUGUUUGCAAUUUCCUCGUCUCGGCCUCCAUCCUAUUUUUAUCCUUGGGGCGCCCGAUUUUUGUUCAUGUGCCAAUAAGGGUUGGUUUCUUUGCAUUAAAAAGGCCUGCUAUUUAUCGGGCGUUGAAAGUUCGGUCAGAUCUGGUCUAACGCCUUAUUUAGGAGUCUACCGCCCUCGUUUCAUGUCAGAUUGACGUUUGCCGUCUCUGUUGCUAUUGAAGUUCUACAGGAUAGGGUCGCUAGCCCCACUGUCAACCCUCCUCCUUUCGUCAUCCGUAUUUAGGACCAGCCAUGGCAGAGUUGUGUAUACAUAGAAGUUCUUGAAAAAUCGUUUACGCUCGGAGCAUAAGAAAUACAAGGGCGUUGAGCCAGGUGCAUCUUGAUUUGUUUUCUGGCAUACCUUGAACCUUUAUAAAAUAUAGAAUAAAAUAAUAUGAUUAAACAGACCUUGCAAUCUACGAGGCAGAACAGCAUAGGUCAUCUGUAUCUAUGGCCAACGGUUAAUGAGCGUGUCAUAUAGCCAGCACAACGACCAACCUACUUUACUUUCCCCAUGUAUCCAUAAGUGGUAGGUGGACUCAGAGGCGCCUAAAAAAUGCCAAAAGGCAAAAUGAGACCGGGAUUCAAACAAGAGCCCCUCUGUUGGGAGGCCUAGCGCUUUACCACUCAACCACCCCCCUCUGUUGGGAGGCCUAGCGCUUUACCACUCAACCACCAAUGCCCCUGAUUAAAUAUAUAAUAAUUCUAUUUUUUAAAUAUUUUUUUUCAUAUGAUAAUGAUUAUAUUUCUUUGAAAUCCUGUUCGACUCGACCCAAUACCAACCAGUUUGAACGUUAGAUGUUUGGUUCAUGUAGUUGUCUCAGUUGAGUAUUGAGUUGUGUGAGUGUGGCAAAGGCCAUUGUUGAUAUUGUUUAGCUGGUCACGUGGUCACUGUGAUAUCCAAAGAUAGCAAUAUAAUUGAUAUUUUUUAAAAUAAUUUAUUGUUGCUCAGUAUUUGAUUAUAUCAGCAUUAAAUUUAAUUGAACUAUAA